ACCAAAACCCGGAGGAGAUUGCAUGUCAAAACAUGCCGCCUUGCUCUGCUUGGGUGGUUCAAGGAUGCACGAGAGUGGAGGGCUGAUGCCCCUUCCUGCAAACGUCCUAAUAGGGUCUCCGAGGGGUCCUCCCAUAUUGCACGGCCUCCCUCUUGGAAUGCUGAGCACUUCCACCUUUACCUUCUCAGAUGGUUUCUUCAAGUCCAGGAGAUGAAUCCUUCUUCUUUUCCAGAGCCUUAAUAUCUCCACUUCAGGAAGGAUGAGUAUUUUCUGUUACUGCACUGCCCGGAACUUCUUCCCCAGUGUCAGAAUCCUCACUGUGAAGAAAACCCUGUGUUUUGUAAGAAAAUGGAGGAAGGCACGUGCGACUCGAUUCACUCGUGUUAACGUUCAAAAUUGGUCUGAAUGCCGAACAGUGGCCAAGAUCCUAUUUGUAUGUUGGGGGAUUGAAAGGUUGUCACGGGAGACAAAGUGUGAAGGUGUAGCUAAUACAAUUGUCCGGACCAAUAUUGGUAGUCUUCUUAGUCAAGCCAGGCUUUCUUCAGUGGCUUUCCUUCAGGGUCUUGGAUUUGCCUUCUCUGCAAUGAUCCGAGGUUUCAUCUUGUUGUUGAAGUUUAGCCCUUUGAUCUGGUUUUAUCCUUUUACCUAUUUUUCUCCGAGCUUUGCCUCACUCUGGUUCCACCUGCUUCUUAAGAUUACAGAAUCCUCUGGUCCCACAUUCAUAAAAUUGGGACAGUGGGCAAGCACCAGACGGGACCUCUUUUCCGAAGAGUUUUGUGUGAAGUUCUCCAAGCUUCAUAUCAAAGUGAUUCCUCACUCUUGGGAUUACACCAAACACUCUUUGGAGAAAGCCUUUGGAGAAGUCUGGGAGAAGAUAUUCAUGUUUGAAAGCAGAGAACCUAUUGGAUCUGGUUGUGUGGCUCAAGUAUACAAAGCUUAUGUAGAUAAUUCCAUAUUGAGAGACCCAGUGCUGAGUGAACGUGCAAAGAUUUCUGUGUUUGAUGCUGCUUUGGAGGUGUGGAAGACCUCAGGUCUUAAAGGACUUUUAAGAUGGUUCUGGUGGAGGAAGCACAAAGAUGUUUUGGAAGGUGACCAUCAACCUCUUCACAAAUAUGAUUUCUAUGAAAGCGUUGCACAGAAUUCCAGUUCUGGAAGUCUAAGCCCACCCUUAUUUUCCAAGGAGAACCAUAUUUUCCCAGUAGCCAUUAAG